AUGAAAGCGUGGACGGCACACGAACAAGAUCCUUCCUUAUCAUGCUGUCGAUCGUUACAUGUGAAACAUGCUGCAUAUGCAAGUGCUCUCUAUACACUGAAUAUAUCAAUACUAGUGGUGCUUCUGUACAGUUGGAGAAUUGGUGUAAACGCGAAAAGGUACAAAGAACUGGAUGAUGUGUACUAUGGUGUACAGAUAGCAUAUUUCGCAAUAAUAGGAACACAAAUGUUUAUGAUAUUAUUGAGUAUUUUCCUCUUUUAUGGAAUUUACAAAGAAAAUGUUGCAUUUUUAGUGCCGUGGGUUGUGGGAUGCAUGACGUUUAUGGCAUUGGAGGCUAUGGCUAUGGUGUACUCCAAUAUUCUACGAGAUCACGUCAACAAGCAAUUCGACGCCAUGUGUAAAGCAGAGAUAUCGUUUUUAAUACCUAGGAUCCUUUUAAAUUGCCUCUGCAUUUGGUGCGUGCUGCGGCUGUACCAUCUACUGCGGGCUGGAGUGACGUGGAAGGGCUCGGCACCGAUAGAGCUG